UACAUUUUUUCAAUUCUAAUCGAUUUUUAUUAAAAAACUAAAAUAAAAUGAAGUUUUUUGUGCCCUCAGCCUUUGAUACCAGUUCAGAUGCUGUACAAUUUAAACCCACUCAGACAUCAACUGAACAAAAUGCUGCAAAGUCUAAGAAAAACAAAAAGAAUAAAAAGAAAAAGCAAAAAAAAGAUUCCACUGAUGAACCUGUCGCGCACAAAGGCAAAGGACCAGUGGCCCCCAGAUUUUUGGAUAGCGACGAUGAAGUAAUGCCCGACAUGAAUAAGGUCAAGACGGGUAAAGUUGAGAAAAAGAAGAAUAACAAAAAACAACAGGCACAGAAGCUCAAAGCCACACCGGCUUUAAGCAAGGCCAUACAAGACACCAUUACCUUGGCCAAAAACGAUCCAAAUGAUGAGGAUAUGGAAGAGGAUGACACACCACAAUCUGCUACUCCCGCAAAUUCCUUUGAAGCUAAACUUAAGGAACAGCUUAUGGGAGGACGCUUUCGUUUUCUCAACGAAAAACUCUACACCAUGGAUAGCACAAAGGCCGAAAAUUUAUUUAAAAAAGAUCCAGAAGCUUUUACCGCCUAUCACGAUGGCUACCGCCAUCAGGUAGAGAAAUGGCCCUUAAAUCCUUUGGAUCGUAUUAUUAAAAUGAUUAAGAAGCUGCCCAAAUCUUUGGAGAUAGGUGACUUUGGCUGCGGCGAGGGCAAGCUUGCGAAAUCUGUGCCCCAUAAAGUGAUAUCCAUGGAUUUGAUGAGUUGUCGUGAUGAAAUUAUAGCCUGUGAUAUGGCUAAGACACCUUUAACCACCCACUCAUUGGAUGUGGCCGUCUACUGUCUCUCCUUAAUGGGCACCAAUUUGAAAGAUUAUCUUUUGGAGGCCAAUCGUGUUUUAAAAAUGGAUGGUUUAAUUUAUAUUGCUGAAAUUCAAUCGCGUUUCGAAAAUGUUAAAGAUUUCGUUAGAAAGCUGGAUUCUUUUGGUUUUCAAUUGGUGCGUCAAGAUGUGGGUCAAAAAGUCUUCUAUUUCUUCCAGUUUAAAAAAGUGCGUAAUGUUGGUAAGGUGGCCAAUGUACCGGAAUUGGCUUUGAAGCCUUGUUUGUAUAGAAAACGUUAAGGAGAUGAAAAAUUACGAAAGAUGACGCGCGAUCAUGCAAUUGUUUUAAGUUAAAUUACUGUUUAAAUACAUACAUUAUGUAAAUAAAAGAAAAUUUAUAUUAAAGGACUGAA